CGGACCACCUUGGUUUCCACCAGGGUUCCCCCAGAUGGUUGAGACCGUGAAAUGCGGGCAAGGAAUCCCGGUCGACUGGCCUCACUAGGGGAUCAGGCGAACAGCGAACUGCGUUCGCCUUCUUCCCCGUCGACUGCGCUGGAGUUGGUUCGCUGCGUCUUCACGCACCCGCUUCUUACGAGAUCACCUCCUCGCAGAAGGCCACAGCAUCCCACGAUUCCCCGCUGCUCAGCAUGGUCGUUACCACGCUGAGCAGCGAAAGAUUCCCCCUAAAAUCGCAGGUACCUGAAGAACGUGACCUAUAAGGAAAUGGAGGGCAGAGGAAUGUGUUACACGAGGCAGUGCUGAAGAGAAUGGGCUACCACAGGGCUCCCUGCUUAUACCACACUACGACUCGGGAUAGCAGUCGAGCGAGGGUGAGGUGCGCGCGCGCGGCGUGCAUGCGUUGAUGGGCACGGGGGUGGGCGCAGGGGGCGCUGGCGCGGGCGGGGGGCGCACAGCGCGCGCGCUACGGCUGCUCCUACUACUGGUCAUGGCGCUAGCCGCAAUCGAGUACCUCUUCGGCUCCAUCCUUGAUGCCUCACCGCUGCGCACCUACCUAUACACCCCGCUCUACAAUGCUACCUUACCAACUAUCAAAACACGCGAUCUACCCGAAGAAAAGUCCUCGGCAUCAUGGCCAAAGAAACUACCCGAAGCUGUUAUAUCUUCAAAUAUAACCAAUAUUAUUCACAUUCAUAACUCGAAUAACUUAACACUCUCAAAUGAUACAACCAGUUUUGCAGAAAAUGUAACUGAAACUAAAAACGUUACAAAACAAAGUACAAUGAGUCGAAAAGAACACAUACUAAAAACAAUACAUGAUUACUACGACAUGAGAAGUAAAACUCAUGAAAUGACCAAGAAGAAAAAUGUAACGUCUAAUAGAGCAAAUCUGAUCACAAAAAUUAUGGACAGCUUGAGAAAUCUUACGUCAACAGAGCCAACGUUAAUGAGGAGCAAUGAUUCGUUACCUUAUUGUGAACCGUUUGAUAAUUUAGGACCAGUCCAACUGAAUAAGUCAAAGGUAUCGUUAGAAUACGUAAACACCAAAUAUCCCGAAGUAGGACCGGGCGGAAUGUAUGCCCCUCCAAACUGCACUGCCAGGCACAAGGUUGCCAUUAUUGUGCCAUACAGAAAUCGCGAAGAACAUUUAGGAAUAUUCCUAAAUCACAUGCACCCUUUCUUGAUGAAGCAACAAUUAGAAUAUGGGAUAUUUAUCAUAGAACAAGGAGGAAAAUCAGACUUCAACCGUGCGAAAUUAUUCAACGUUGGCUUCGUAGAGAGCCAAAAGCAAAAGUCUGGAGGCUGGCAGUGCUUCGUCUUCCAUGACGUCGAUUUGCUGCCGAUGGACGAGCGGAACACGUACUCCUGUCCAAGACAACCUCGGCACAUGUCUGCUGCCAUUGACAAGUUUAAGUAUCAGUUACUUUACGAAGAGUUAUUCGGCGGAGUGUCAGCGAUGACUUACGAGCAGUUCGUCAAAGUAAACGGCUUCUCCAAUAAGUAUUGGGGAUGGGGUGGUGAAGACGACGACAUGGCUUAUAGGCUAAAAUUCGAAGGCUACCACAUAGCCCGAUAUAAGAUGUCUAUAGCCCGGUACGCUAUGUUAGCACAUAAGAGCUCUACACCAAAUCCUAAGAGAUAUAAACUUUUGUCACAAACAAGUAAAACAUUCCAAAAAGACGGAUUGUCCACUUUGGAAUACGUUGUCCAAAAUGUCGUAAAGCACCAUCUGUACACUCUAAUAACAGUCAACAUAGACGAGAGCAGCUGAUGGAUGUAUUUCGCCAAACUACUGUUUGGCGAUCAAAGGUAACACACUCAACGUUGACUCCAAAAAUGUGGUGAAAAAGGAUCGUGAACGCUGAAAAGUGGAAUAAUCCAAAGCCGUGAAAAUUAGAAAACGAGUGUAAUGACAAGACGUUCUGCACAGAAUUGCGAUGUGAUAUCUAUACGAUGGUUACCCCAGUGCUAAUGAAUAAUGGAUCUCUUCAUUAUUAUAAGACAAAAUAAUGUUUAUUUCAAAACCAGAUUCAAUAAGUUAAGUAUUUUCGAAAUUUUUUUAAACCUGCAAUGUUUUUGUAAUACUCGUUUGGUAUUGUUAGUGUUUAAUAGAAAGCUAAGAUAUCAUUCGAAAAAAUAAGUUUUCGUUUAAGACAUACUUGUA